CCGCACCACCACAUGAAUCACAGCGACCGAGGCUUCACAGCAACACGCGCAUGGGUACGGUGCCGAGCGCCCGGGCAUCUUCACAACCUGCAGCCGAGCGGAGGGAGCCCUCACCCGGCCGCAAGAAGCGCUCACUCCACCCGGACUCUUCCAAGCUGCUUCCACUGCAGUCUUCCUCUUGACUCGCAGGCGCACGCACAGAGUGAAAAGUCGUUAUCUCUUCGGAGGUUUGCUUCUUCUCUGACGGGCUUGUUUAGGUGUUUUAGUCUUUUAUUUAUUUAUUGUAGGAUUGUUUGACGCUGACAGUCAAACCGGGGCGGACGAACUGCGUCUUGACGCGGAGAGCUCGGACUUCUUUGGCUGGAGGGCGAGAGGAGGGGAAAAAAAAAAAAAAAAAACACACACCAAAACGCAGAGCUUUCUGUCACUUCUUUUUUUUUUUUUUUUUUUUUUUUUGUCCAGUGACUUUAAACCAGGAACCUGAUUGUGAGCUUUCUCCCCCGCUGAAGAUGAGAGGAAAUUAGACGUGUUAAUCGAGGCUUUGAGCUUGUUUUACUGGAUUUAUUUUGGCUGUGGCGACCGAAGACCCAGAGCAGAGCGGAGCUGCGCGUAAAACAGCGUAAGAGGUCCGUGUGAUUUUGCUAAAAUGCAUCAUCAACAACGGAUGGCAGCUUUGGGCACAGACAAGGAACUGAGUGACUUACUGGAUUUUAGCGCGAUGCGAAACAGCGAUUUGAAAAUGUUCCCAUCAUCCAUGAUGUUUUCCCCUCCUGUUAGCAGUGGAAAGAAUGGACCGACCUCCCUGGGGAUGGACAUUUCUCCGGCUCAAUAUGGAGGAGAGAACGAGUGCAGGGUCAUGGGCGAGUGGAAGUCGUUCUUCAAAGAGCUAUGCAGAAGGAUCUCAGUACAUUACAUCACAUGACAGCCUCUCACCUUCGUACGCUAACUCCAGGCUAACAGGUAAAUCAGAGAGGAGUUCAUACUCAUAUGGCCGAGAAUCGAACCCGCACUGCCACCAGACACUUUUGGGCGGUGAAAUGGGUUUGGGGAGUCCUGGUGCCACGUCGCCCACCAAGCCGCCUGGUCAGUACUACCAGCAUUACGGCACCAACCCCCGCAGGAGACCACUGCAAAUGGACUCUAUGGAACUUCAUCCCAAAAAAGUACGGAAGGUCCCUCCAGGCUUGCCAUCCUCGGUAUACGCUCCAUCUGCCAGCACAGCCGACUACAACAGGGAUUCACCGGGCUAUCCCAACUCCAAACCAACGAGUUCUGGCUUCCCAAGCUCAUUCUUUAUGCCAGAUGGUCACCACAGCGCGGACCACUGGAGCAGCAGUAGCAGCAAUAUAAGCCAACAGGGCUACCACAGCAGCAUGUUGGGAGGGGGGAACUCUGCCCAUGGCCCCUCUCAGAGCUCCUCCUACUGCGGGGUUCACCCUCACGACAGACUGAGCUACCCAGCACAUUCAUCAGCAGACAUCAACUCCAGCCUUCCUCCCAUGUCCAGCUUCCACCGAGGAGCCGGGAGCGGGGCCAAUCACUACAGCACCGCCUCUUGCUCCACCGCUCCCACCAACGGCACAGACAGCAUUAUGGCUAACCGAGCACAGAGUGGAGCAACCAGUAGUUCUCAGACAGGAGACGCCUUAGGGAAAGCACUUGCAUCGAUCUACUCCCCAGACCACACAAACAACAGCUACUCAUCCAAUCCCUCAACUCCAGUGGGCUCCCCGCCCACCCUCACAGCCGCCAGUUCAGCUGUCUGGUCCAGAAACGGCGGGCAGGGAGCAUCGUCGCCAAACUAUGAGGCUCCACUGCACUCGCUGCAAAGUCGCAUCGAGGACCGUUUGGAGCGUUUGGAUGAUGCCAUCCAUGUACUGCGAAGCCAUGCUGUAGGCCCAUCAACAGCCAUGACCAGUGGGCACAGUGACAUGCAUAACCUUAUUGGGGCUGCACACACACACAACGGAGCGAUGGGAUCUCUGGGAAGCGGCUAUGGGACAGGACUGCUGUCGGGCAACAGACACUCACUCAUGGUGAGCUCUCAUCGAGAAGACGGCAGUAUGGGUCCGUUACGUGGUGGACAUUCGAUGGCUGCAGGUCAGGUGCCUCAGUUGCCUGCUCAGUCCGCCACUUCGCCAGACCUCAGCCAACCGGACCCUUAUCGUGCUCUGUCCGGAGGCCUUCAGGGCCAGAGCACGUCCUCCAUCAGCUCCGAGAUCAAGUCCGAGGACGAGGGAGAUGAGAACCUCCUGCAGGACUCCAAGCCUUUGGACCCGAAGAAGGAAGACAUUGACAGCAAGGAUCUCAAAGGACUUGAUAGGUCAAGAUCUAGCAACAACGACGAUGAGGAUCUAUCUCCAGAGCAGAAGAUGGAGCGGGAGCGAGAACGGAGAAUGGCCAACAAUGCUCGAGAACGCUUGCGAGUACGCGACAUCAACGAGGCGUUCAAGGAGCUGGGCAGGAUGGUCCAGUUGCACUUAAAGAGCGAUAAGCCGCAAACAAAGUUGCUAAUCCUUCACCAGGCCGUGGCAGUCAUCCUCAGUCUGGAGCAACAAGUCAGAGAGAGAAACUUGAACCCGAAGGCAGCCUGCCUGAAACGCCGUGAGGAGGAGAAGGUCACCGUGGCAUCAGACGGCACUCCACUCUCGCUAGCUGCAGCACACCAUGCCGCCAUGGGCGAUGGGUCAAACCCAUUGGGACAAAUGUAAAAUGCAGCAACAUCUUCUCCCCCAUAAAUGGUCCAAGGUGCCAGAGUUCAUCAAAAUGAUGAGUGACCACUUCCUCUGACAGUGUUUAUAUGAGCACCUAGCAAUCAAUCAAACCCAGUCUUGCUUGGCCAAACCAAUCAAGAUUUUCGGACCAAUCAGAUCAGCCUCAGUGUUUCCUCUUGUGGCUUCUAAUCCUCCUCGUCACCUUUUCCUCCUUCUUCUAUCAAGAAAACAAACUGCACAGUCAUUGGUUGCUUUGCAUCUCCACCUGAAGUGAACUCCUUUUGUGCGGAGACGCCCAAUGGCCGAUGCAAAGAGGCUAUUUUAAAGCGUCUCUUUGUGGGAGAUUUUGUCAUGAAAUUACUGCAAAGGAAGAGAAAACCUAUGGAUUGACCAGUCAUUUAAGAAAUUCUUUGACUUCUACUAUCACCAUUCCCAGUUUUAAGAACAUUGGGCUUCGAUAUAAGAUACGUGUAGUACUGUCUAUGUAUAAAUAUAAUAGCAAAACAUCUGGACUCGUGCAGUGGGGAGUAUAGAGAAUAAUUACGCAAAACAAAACAUAUCAAAUAUUCAAAGAGAUUUUUUUGAAAAACAUUGUGCAGCCUCAGCAUGUCUCUGACUGAAUGGCAAACAUAUGCCACACUGUGGAUGAAGCUGUGCCUGACAUCCUCUUGGGUGCAAAACAGUAAAACAGUCAGAUGGAUGGAUACACAAGUAGAAAUGAGAUAAAACAAAAUAAAACGAACAAAGUUUCUUACAAAUUACCGGUUAUGGAUUAUAGAUUAAGUAUGGGUACAAAACAAGGCAUUCUUAGGUUUCUAAAAUCUUUGCGAUGGCAAUGGUAAAAGUACUUUUUAAACUAAAUGAUCCCUAUUAAACCAGAACUAAAAACAAAAAAAAAAAAAAAAAAAAAAACCUUGUCGCACAGGUCAAAUGUAUUACCUAGAUGUUCAUCAAUGUUUCAUUCCAUUUCCUAACCAUCCAUCUUUUUCUGUACCACUUUUCCUCAUUGGGGUUGUGGGCGAGCUGGAGCAAAGUCCUGCUGACUUUGGGCGAGAAGUGAAAUAAUCGGUCAGCAUAUCAUAUCCGACUUGCAAAAUUGGAAAACCAUUUUGAAGAGUUAAUUCAAAUCUAUUAGUCACUUGAACAUAAUUAACCUGAACUCCAAUACGACAAGGGAAAACGUGGAUCACACACUAAGGAACAAAUCUACUGAGGAACUGGGGUAUUUCAAUCACUCAGUUUGGAAAUUGCACAAAGAAAAGACCAAUCAUGAAAAGAAUACUAUUACAUUUAUCAAGAUUGAUGAUAAUGCAAAAGCUGAUGAUCAAGGUCUCGACAAAAAUAUCCCAAUUGACUGUAUAUAUUUGCAUUAAAUGAUAGAAAAAAAACAACAUGGAAUAGGGCUGAGUAAUGAAGUGUAUCUUUAUACAUAUUAUGCACAUUCCACAUAAACGCCACUCAAAGGAGUGCUGAGGAAUUCCGACCAGGAGUAAAAUGGACCAACUUCCAUAUAGGUUUGAAUGGAAAAAGAGAAUUUUAGAUCACAUUGAGGCGAUUGUUAUGCAGCAAGGGAAGACAAACGAACAAUCAUCUCUUUGGCGCUAUAGCAGGGCUGAAUAAAUUCUCAUGCCUUGUUGAUUGGUUCAUAAGAGAACCCAAAUCUCAAAAGUUAAACCCUCUCCUGUAUCCCGAAUACCUCAAAUGAGUGGGCUUUCUAGUUGAACAAUUCCUCUGGAUGAAUUGAGUGUUAAUUCUGGCUUGGUUUCAGAUUUUAAAUUACUUUGAUUAUGAUCAAUUGACAUAGUUUUAUCAGCAUUACAUUUUGCCUCUUUGGUUUAUUAGGGAGGCAUAAAGUACAUAUUGAAAUCUAAAGAAAUACAGACUGGAAAGUGAGAAAGCUCUGCUGAUAGUGUGCUACCUUUUGUUGUCUCGUCACCUUUUUCCAUUUCCUUUUUAGCUUCGAGAUCACUUUUCUACUUUUGGACCAUAUUUUGUUUCGAUUUCAAUUUAGACCAUCAAACUGUUUAAUGUCCAGGGGGCCACUGUAUUUUUUAGCCAACCCCUUUUACGGGCAAGUCCUGUGGUUUUCUUUCAUAAAGAAUCAUCAAAAGUGUCUGAGCGGUGAUUAAAAGUCGUGGCUAGUGCCUGAUGGUAUAAGGUUGAAUAUUAAAACAGGUCAAAUCUGACAGAUAAGGCGAACCAGAAUAUUGUUUUUACUCCAGGGUUAAGAUAAAAAUAUCUUUUACCUCCACCGGUUUUAGAUCUUCUCAAUCUCAGUGCUACUCUUUCUGCUGAUCCAAGCCUUAGGAUGCCCACCCCCACCCCACCAACCCUCAGAGUGGUCCCAGUGAUGCAAUUUGAACAUUCACACUUCUACCAAUGUGCCUUUUUAGAGUUCAUAUCAUUGGAGUCGCCAGAGGAAGAGCUGGUCUUUUAUAGGCUGCAAGCUUAGGGAAACCUGUUGUUGGUCUUUAGGUUCUAUGCAGUCAGGUUUUUGUACCAGACCUGGGAAUUUAAAAAAAAAAAAAGUUUGAAAAAAAGAAAUUAAAAAAUAGUAUUUUUUGGAUAAAAAAAAACAAAACAAAAAUAAAGUGUAUUUGAUGUACUGUAUGCUUAUGUGUAACUAGAGCGUGUUCUGACAGACACUUGAUUUAGCAAAACAAGCCCUCGCCCCUGUUUGCCCUACCCCUUGGAAGAAAUCCACUAUCCUGAACCCAGCCCAGUUUAUAUGGUGAACACGUCUCUUCCUGUAAUAUAGCUGAUCCGCUUUUUAUCAAUAUGUGAUGGGCUUUUCCUUGAGCCAAUGUAGUCUCCAGUACAACGUGUGUGGUUGUAUGUUGUAAAGCGCUUUUUUUCCUCCGUUUAUUUUUUUAAGGAAAAUAGUUUUCUUGUUCAUUUUUAUUUGUAUGUUCUGGUUUACAUGUCUAUUAUAGAAAAUGUAAGAAAAUAGAAAUAAAAAUAAAAAAUCAACACAAUUUGCUAUCAUUAGUGUUGUUCUCUGACAAGCGACAAUUUUGGCACGAUUAAAAAUCCUACUCAAUCAACAGGAAGGCACGGAAACUGGAAAAAUAAUCUAUUUGAAUAGAUCAAUUUAUAUAUAAAUGUACAAAAAUAUAUACAUAUAUAAGGAGGGUGAUUUUUUCCAUUUUUUUUUCCUUUUGCAAAUAAGUGUGUGCUUGGGGAGGAAUUAUUUUUCCAAAGACUGAAAUGUCAGGCCCCCAGUGUUACAAAUCAUCGACAGACUUAUUUCUUCUUAUGUUGCCAUGACAACCUCUGCCUCUAAUAUGGCGCCCCGCACAGGACAAAAUGGCACAGGAGGACCAACACUGCUAUCCAUCAUGGCAGUGACACACAGACAUUGUAAAUUGUAUGUAACAAAACAGCAAACCGAACCCAUAUUUUGAAAUUGUGUAUGUAAAAUUUAUAUUUUUACAUGUAGAUGUUAUUUGUGUUCCUAGAAAUGUGUUGUUUUUUUCAGGAAUUAGUAUUUAAAAAGAAAAAAGUGUGUUUUUAAAAUUUGUCACGUUGAAGUCAUUGUAAAAUGAGAAAUUCAGAUUUUUUUUUUUCUUUUUUAAAUCAUGUUGAAGAUGGAAUAGGGAUGUUAGGACAAUGAUGCUGAUGAGUUCAAAACACAUAUACAGUAUGGUAUUUGUCCAAAUCCCCAAACUUCAUAUUAUGUCCAUUGUAAUUGUAUUUUUUUGCAGAUAAAUAGUUGUAAAUAGUUACAAAUCAAAUUCUGUGAGGUUUCAGUGGGGUGAGGACAUGCCUGUGAGAUGUGACGAUGAUGAUGAAGCAGUUUUUAAUAAAAUAGUAUUUGUCUGGUUAAAACAUCGCAUUCCAAACUCUGCAUUGUCAGUUUUACAUCGUACUGUUGUUGUGGUUGCAGACCAGCAGAAGUGUAACUCAAAUUAUUCUGUACCUCCACCAGGAGCAAAUUCUUUCAGAGCCAGCCCAGGGCAUUUGGUGGGAUGGGGGGGGUUGGAUUUGCAUUGGGGAAAAAAUGUGCAAAAAAGCAUGCUUUUGCUCUGUUGUGUAAAAUCGGACUACCCUCAGACAUAUUUGUCACAACAGGACCUUGAUUGUGUAUUGAAUUACAUUGAUGUUAAUUUACUUGAAGUGUUUGGAAACAAAAGUGCAUCCAAAGAAAGUCCAUAUAGUCAAGUGACACUUAGGGCCAUGGGCCUGCUCUGACUCCUGUACAUUUAUUUAUUCAAGAUGUAAAUCAAAGUCCCGCAGAACACAAUUCCAAAUCAAGUUUUGUAAAAAAAAAAAAUAAUAAUAACAUUGGAGUCGUCUUAGAUAAAUGAAGCAAGUGUCUGCAAACAAUCGUAUCAGCUAUUUGCCCAAAAAUAUUUUAGUAGGUGUGCGAGGCAGUUUCAGUUUGUUUUGAGUGUUUGCCAAUACAAUUGACUGUUGUGUCAAAAGGCCAUGCUGCUUUGAAUCGGACCUAGGUUGAGUCUGUCAGUGUACAAUUAAUGUGUUUUUUAAAAUAAUGUUAUUUUCGCAACAUUUAAUUUCAUAUUUUCUAUUUGUUUUAUGAUCAUAUCAUUUCACAUUAUUGUCAUUUUAUGUUACCCUGUUAGCCAAUGUGUUUUUAUUUCUUCUCCCUCCUUGUUGUACAUACACAUCUCAUUUCUCUUUUUCGGUGACUGUGCCAAGAGCUUUGUAAUCUGUUACUCUGUACCAGUUUUACUGCAAUAAUGAGUUGAAUUCAAAAAUCUU